UCCUCCUCCUCCGUCUCCUCCAUCCACUCCCCCGAAGCCAGCAUGGCGGUCAAGGUUCAGACAACCAAAAGAGCUGAUCCUAAUGAACUACGUAACAUUUUUUUGCAGUAUGCCAGUGUUGAUCAAGAUGGCGAACGUUACAUGACACCAAGGGAUUUUGUGCAGCGAUACCUGGGACUGUACACGGAUCCUCGUUCUAACCCUAAGACUGUGCAGCUGCUGGCAGGAGUGGCCGAUCAGACAAAGGAUGGACUGAUCUCCUAUCAAGAGUUUCUGGCGUUCGAGUCAGUUUUAUGCACACCAGAUGCAAUGUUUAUUGUUGCUUUCCAGCUGUUCGACAAGAGCGGCAACGGACAAGUGACCUUUGAAAAUGUAAAAGAAAUAUUUGGGCAGACCAUUAUUCACCAUCACAUCCCUUUUAAUUGGGACUGUGAGUUUAUCCGAUUGCACUUUGGACAUAAUAGAAAGAAACACCUGACAUAUUCAGAAUUCACUCAAUUUUUGCAGGAGCUGCAGUUAGAACACGCACGGCAAGCAUUUGCACUGAAAGAUAAAAACAAAACCGGUGUGAUUACUGGUUUGGAUUUCAGCGACAUCAUGGUCACUAUUCGUUCUCACAUGCUCACUCCUUUUGUGGAAGAAAACUUAGUCUCGGCUGCAGGUGGAUCUAUUUCACACCAAGUCAGCUUUUCCUAUUUCAAUGCUUUUAAUGCCUUGUUGAACAACAUGGAGCUUGUUCAAAAGAUAUACAGCCUCAUAGGAGGUGGUAGGAAAGAUGUGGAAGUUACAAAAGAGGAGUUCUCCCAAUCUUCUAUCAAAUUUGGACAAAUUACGCCUUUGGAAAUUGAUAUUCUCUAUCAGCUGGCUGACUUGUACAAUGCUACAGGACGCUUAACACUGGCUGACAUUGAGAGAAUAGCACCCUUAGCUGAAGGGGCAUUGCCUUACAACUUAGCAGAACUCCAGAGGCAGCAAUCUUACAGCAAUCUGGGCAGACCCAUCUGGCUCCAGGCCGCUGAGUCUGCUUACAGGUUCACUCUGGGCUCAAUUGCUGGAGCCGUCGGAGCUACUGCUGUGUACCCCAUUGAUCUGGUGAAGACCCGUAUGCAGAACCAGCGCACCUCUGGGUCAGUCGUCGGAGAGCUGAUGUACAAAAAUAGCUUUGAUUGUUUUAAGAAAGUGUUGCGCUAUGAAGGCUUUUUUGGCCUUUACAGAGGCUUACUUCCACAGCUUAUUGGUGUUGCUCCCGAAAAAGCUAUUAAGCUCACAGUUAACGACUUUGUCAGAGAUAAAUUCACGCAGAGAGAUGGUUCCAUUCAACUGUUCGCGGAGGUCCUGGCCGGAGGCUGUGCUGGAGCUUCACAGGUCAUCUUCACAAAUCCCCUGGAGAUUGUCAAGAUUCGGUUGCAAGUAGCAGGAGAAAUCACAACAGGGCCCAGGGUGAGAGCCCUCACUGUCCUGAAGGACUUGGGAAUCUUCGGUCUGUAUAAGGGUGCCAAAGCAUGUUUCCUCCGAGACAUUCCCUUUUCUGCAAUCUAUUUCCCUGUUUAUGCUCACUGCAAACUGAUGCUUGCGGAUGAAAAUGGCCACGUGGGAGGGCUUAAUCUCCUUACAGCUGGUGCUAUUGCAGGUGUGCCCGCGGCUUCCUUGGUGACCCCUGCUGAUGUCAUCAAGACAAGACUACAAGUGGCCGCUCGUGCAGGUCAAACCACGUACAACGGCGUUAUCGACUGUUUUGGGAAAAUUCUUAGAGAAGAAGGCCCCAUUGCUUUUUGGAAGGGAGCUGGAGCGCGAGUGUUCCGAUCUUCACCCCAGUUCGGCGUCACUCUGCUGACCUAUGAACUUCUGCAGCGAUGGUUCUACGUUGAUUUUGGAGGAAUCAAACCCUCCGGCUCAGAACCUACACUCAAGUCUCGGAUCUCAGACCUUCCUCCUGUUAAUCCGGACCACAUAGGCGGCUAUCGACUCGCCACGGCUACUUUCGCCGGUAUAGAGAACAAGUUUGGCCUCUCUCUUCCAAAGUUUCGGCCGGCCGGCGUCGCUGCAGCACAACCCAAAGCAGCAGCUGAAUCCUGAGCUGCCCUUUCGAGCCAAACCCAAAUGGUGCAAUGAAC